AUGGAUAAAACUCAAAAUGACAAUGCAUAUCUUCCUCCAUUAAAUCAAAAUGUAAUCUUUUCAGAACCUUCUUCCAUUCUUUCUUCUCAACAAAAUACUUCUGUCUCGCCUACGGCUGUGAAAGGAAAUAGUCGACUCAAAUCGCGAAUAACUAUCGAUGUUGGUAGGUGUAGUCAUAAGACUAAAGACUAUAAGCCGCGAUCGUUUAGUCUUGACAGUGGUUAUAAAUAUUAUUGUCAUCCACAAUACAAUAUUUACAACCAAAAUGAUAAUAAUUAUGAACUUUUUUGUCGCGCUUAUAAACCUCAAUUACCUGAGUCACUAGUUGAAAGAAGACGUUCAUCAUCUAAGUAUCCAAUUUAUGGCUACUCAAGUUCGGAUGAUAAACUAUAUGAUUCACCAAGUACAAAGCUUUAUCCAUAUACGAAUAUUUUUAUGGGUAGCAAGGUGAAUAACGAGAAGAAUGGAGAUUCAGAAAAUUUAGAAUUUGGCAAAGAAAUUACUAAAGAAUUCUUAUAUAAUUUUGAAGCGUGGAAGGAACAAUUUUUUAAAAGUUCUUAA